AUGGGAGCGAGUGUGGGGGCGGGUGUGAUGUCUGAUGGGCCGGUAGUACGGGCUGUAGUCGGCGCUCGCGUUCGGUCUGAUUGUACUUCUCGGUGGCCGCGACCUCAAUGUGUCGGGAAGUGUUCGAUUCCGCAGUGCGCGGCGUCUGAGUUGGUCCGACUGGUGCCUCAGCCCUGCCAUCUCCUUCUUGAUGGCCCGGAGUUUAUUGCAAUAGUAGUUGGCUUUGGCCAACAGCUGAUCCAUAUCGAGGUCUUUGUCCACCGUCUGGUACUUCUCGUUCUCGGCCUCCAACGCGUCGAUCAGCGACUUCUGGUACCGAUUCAGCUCAUCCAUCGACAUGUCUUCGCGACGAUUGUCUUCCGCUCAACGCAUGCACUGACACAACUGUCACAACCAAUCGAUACGCCAAUUGUCACCACAAAAAUAAUGGCCUCCAAGAGGGGACCCAAAGUGAAACUGAUGGCAAUGCCGUCGCAAAACUUCAUCGCUUUAGGCACGACAUCAUCAGCGACUGCGGCCACACAACCGACGGCACUCCAGUCGCUGAAGACGGGCGCAAAACGCGAGACACCGGCCGACUCGGCGGCGCCGUUAGGGGCGGCCGCUGUUGCCGGCGGCGCGUCGGCGCCCAAGAAGUCGAAACUGCAACUCUCGCAUCACAUGACACGCUCGACGGGCAGCGCUAUGCCGGCCGUACGGCGCGAGUCGGGCGACCAAUGGGAAGAGUUGGCUCAAGAAGUGGAUCCGACGGGUCUGUUGGCGCGCGUACUCGAGGCCGAAGACGUGAGCGAUGAACGCGUGGAGGCGUUACUGUGCGGAGCGGUUAAGCAGUUGCGCGGCGGCCAGCGGUCGAAGCCGGACGCGGCUCUGUAUAUGACUCUCGUCUAUUUGGCCAAAACGCGUCCGCUUUUGUUUUGCACCGAAGUCUGUGUCGAGGCGUUCAGUUCGCUGCUGAGACGGGAGCCGACAGCGCUCGUCGGCUUUAAGCCCAAACCAGUGGCCGUCGGCAACAGUACGGUCCCGGUGUUGGCCGCGAACAUACUGCUGGCCGUAUAUCACGACGAGAACAACUGGCCCGACACCUUCCUCAAGGUGUUUGUGGAGGACUCGUUGGCCGAACGCGUUUGGGUCGACCACGAAGACUGCAAGGGCUUUGUGGACAACAUACUGGCCUCGUUUGGCACCCGAUUGCCGCCCAAGUCUAUGAUGCAACAGGACGUGCUCGCCGUCGCCACCACCGCCUCCGGCAGCGCAGCCAAAAUGCCCGACCCGUCCAGCGUUACCAGCAGUCCGUCUCAGUCGACCGGCAACGCCGACGACGCCUCGAUGGACGAGACGCUGCCGGCGAGUGCCGUAUCGGCCGAACUCCGGGAACACUUGGAUAAUAUCGCUGUAAUGUCACGAUUCGCGCACAACGAGUCGUUUGUUGUCCAAUACGUGACGGAUGUGAUCAAUGAGGGACUCACACGACGCGCGGCGCCCAGCGAUGUGUCCAGAAAUAUGCUUAAGCUGUUGAUAUCGACCGCCGGUUUACCAACGGUUCGGCUCAUUAUCGCACAGAAGCUUGAGAUGUGGAUUCAAAACCCAAAGCUGUUGAUAUCGACCGCCGGUUUACCAACGGUUCGGCUCAUUAUCGCACAGAAGCUUGAGAUGUGGAUUCAAAACCCAAAGCUGACACGUCCGGCACAGGAUCUGCUGCUCUCGCUUUGCCUAAACUGCAACGAAACGGACAGCGAAGUGAUCGCACUUCUUGUAAAGAUGCGGCUGAAGACCAAACCCCUCAUCAAUCACUUCAUAACGUGCGUCAAAGAGAUGCUCACACAAAACGAGGACACAUUUCGACUGGUCUUACGAACCGUACUCUACAACGAGGUGUCGCCGACCCGUUCCCUAAACAACAUACAACUCAUAUCCAUAAUGUUUCAACACUCGCCCGAUAGGGCCACCCGUGUGUUGGCCGAA